AUGGAUUAUUUUAUCGUCCCCUUGUUCUUCCUCUCUCUCAUCUCUCUCCAACACCCCAUUUCUGCAUCAAAUUUCCAUAAAAUCAAGCAACUCGAAUCAGAUUUUCUUGAUCAACCCACAUCCUCUGGUGAUGGCACUCCACCACCAACUGAGUACUUUGAGGUAACAAGACCCAUUGAACUCCCCAAAACAAAACCUUGUUCAUACCAUGUGCUCAACCAUGAUUUUGGCUACACAUAUGGCAAACCACCAGUUCUUGCUAAUUACACCCCUCCCACUCAUUGCCCAUCUCAAUGGUUCUCCAAGAUUGUACUUGAGUGGAAUGCAACUUGUAAAGGAAGGCAAUUUGAUCGCAUCUUUGGUGUUUGGCUUGGUGGAGUUGAGUUACUCAGGAGUUGCACAGCAGAGCCAAGGCCCAAUGGGAUUUUUUGGACUGUUCAAAAGGACAUCACAAGGUACCAUUCUCUGUUAUUGAGUGACCAAACUCUUGCUGUUUAUUUGGGAAAUCUUGUUGACAAAACUUACACUGGGGUUUACCAUGUUGAUAUCACUAUUCACUUUUACCCUUCUGUGAAGACUCUUAGUUUUGAUGAGUCAAAUUCUAGAGCUUUAGCAUUUGGGAAUGAUUUUCCUGCGGAUUUGAUCCUGCCCAUUUCAAGAAAUCUUCCACUGAAUAGUGGGUUGUGGUUUGAAAUUCAAAAUUCUACUGAUUUGGGUUUUAAGGAAUUCAAGAUUCCCCAAAAUGCUUACAGGGCUGUGUUAGAGGUUUAUGUUUCAUUUCAUGAGAAUGAUGAGUUUUGGUAUACAAAUCCUCCUGAUGAAUAUCUUUUUGCAAACAACCUUACUGAUACACCUGGGAAUGGACCAUUUAGGGAGGUUGUGGUUACUCUUGAUGGGAACGUUGUUGGUUCAGUUUGGCCUUUUACUGUGAUUUAUACAGGAGGGGUCAAUCCCCUCUUGUGGAGACCCAUUACUGGGAUUGGCUCAUUUGAUCUUCCAACCUAUGAUAUUGAGAUUACACCGUUUUUGGGGACUAUAUUGGAUGGGAAGUCACAUUCGUUAGGGUUCAGUGUGACAAAUGGCUUGAAUGUUUGGUUUAUAGAUGCAAAUUUACAUCUUUGGUUGGAUAGAAAGAGCAGUAGAACAGAAGGAGAACUCGUGAUUCAGAGUGACAAACCUUUGGCUGAAUAUCUAGUAUCUGACUUUACAGGUUUGAAUGGAACAUUUUGGACUAGUGCAAAGAGGUCCAUUUUUUCUAGUGGAUGGGUGAGAUCCUCCUAUGGUAAUAUCACAACCAGUUUAUUUCAAGAUUUCGUUUAUAACAAUUCAAUGGUGAUGGGGAACAAUGGGAAUAAGCAAAUUGUGAAUCAAGUAAUUUUUUUCAAUGACAGUGUUCAUGCUAAACUUCCAUCACCCUUUGUUGAUUUUAUUGAUGAAAACUACAGAAAAUUUUCCCUAUUCUCGGACUCAGAUGAACUGGAUCAGCAUAAUCAUACUUAUUUAUCAGUUGCAAAUGUUACAUUGGGAUUUGAUGAGAACAAAUCUGAGAGCGCAGCUUUUGGAUUUUUGAAGAGCUCUCUCAAAAAUGUGCAGGUUGGCCAUGGUACUAUGGUUGUUAAAAAUAAUUUGGUUGUUAGCGGAUUGGGUGAAACACAGCAAGAUUACAGAUAUACAAGCCAUGGAAAUUGCUAUUCUAGGAAAGUUGGCAGCUCUAAUUACACUAUUCUCUAUGAUAAAGUCAUAAAUUCAUGCAACAAAAGAAGUCACUCUCAUCUUGGCCUUAAUUUUAUCAAAAAGUUGCCCAUUAUGCUCUAGGGUCCUUUCUUACAAGAACAGAGAAGUUAACUCUCCCCUGCUUAGUUCUACAAGUCCUUUCUUUCUAUAAAGUUUUCCCUUUCUAGCUCCAAUUGUGGAGAUUAGUUCUAUGCUGGCUGUGUCAAACUGUUAUAUUUGGAAACUCAGAUUUGUGAGUCUAUGUAGGUCUUUUUUUCCAAAUUAUUUGAACAUGUAAUCGAACAUGGUUAGUUUUAUUACCUUUUGCAUGCCUACAAAGUUUGUG